AUGCUGAACCAUCCUUUCCCGACACUUAAGUGCCUCUUACUUUCUCUCCUGUUGUUGGCGUGUGGUUGUAACAAGUCUGCUGGCUCACUUGGGGAGGGCAGGAAGAUUUGGCAGCAGCCCAAGCCUGAACCUGUCAUCCAAGACCAGGCUUUUCUUCGUGACACCUUCCCCUCAGGAUUCCUUUGGGGCUCAGGGACAUCUGCCUUCCAGACAGAAGGAUCCUGGGACCAGGGUGGGAAGGGUGCCUCCAUCUGGGACCAUUUCACCCACUCCUCCAUCAGUGGUAAUUUGGCAACUGAGACUGCCAAUGUGGCUAGUGACAGCUACACUUGCUGGGAAGAAGAUGUGGAGGCACUUGAGUAUCUGGGCGUAAGAUCAUACUCCUUCUCUCUCUCAUGGCCUAGACUCUUUCCUGAUGGGAAUGCCAGAGGUCGGCCCAAUACAGCUGUUGUGGAGCACUACAGUCGUUUAAUAGAGAGGCUUCUGGAAAAGAAAAUUGAGCCCAUUGUCACUCUCCAUCAUUGGGACCUGCCACAGAUCCUGCAGGAGCAAUAUGGAGGAUGGAAAAAUGACACACUUGUGGGAUUGUUUGAGGACUAUGCUGCUUUUUGUUUCCACACAUUUGGGAGCCGUGUUAGGUACUGGCUUACAAUGCACAACCCAUACCUGGUUGCUGUACAGGGGUAUGGGACAGGUGUGCAUGCCCCUGGAGAAACAGGGGGACCUGCUUGCUCGCUCAUUGUGGCCCACAAUCUGAUCAAAGCACACGCCCGAGCAUGGCACACCUAUAACAGCCACUUCCGCCCAGCUCAGAAGGGUAAGGUGUCCAUUGUUUUGGGUUCCCACUGGGUUGAGCCUCAAAGAGGCAAAGCCACAACUGCCAAUAUUGAGCUUUGCCAGCAGUCAACAGAGGCUGUGCUUGGCUGGUUCGCCAAUCCCAUCUUCGGUGAUGGGGACUACCCAGUCUCUUUAAAAAUCAAGCAUGGCUCCCUCCUGCCUGCAUUUUCCCUUGAGGACAAGCUCUGGGUGCAGAAAACAGCUGACUUCUUUGCUUUGUCAUUCGGGCCAAACAACCUCCGUCUGGGCCGAAACCUGGUCCACUUUGGGCAGUCUGUGACCCCAGAUCUGAGGCGCCUCCUGGGCUGGAUUAAACUAGAGUAUGGAGACCCCAAGGUGCUGGUGGCUGAGGGAGGUUGGUUCUCUGAAGCUAGUGUGGGAAGGGAAGACACAGUAGCCAUAUACUUGAUGAAGAGGUUUAUCAACCAGGUACUACAAGCUAUCAGGUUUGAUGGUGUGCAGGUUUUUGGCUACUCUGCCUGGUCAUUGGUUGAUGGAUUUGAGUGGAAUAAUGGCUACACUAUUAGGCGAGGCCUUUUCUACAUUGACUUUAGUCAACCUAACCGAACCCGGACCCCCAAGACCACUGCUCAGUACUACAGGCAUGUUAUUGCUAACAAUGGAUUCCCCAGAGAUGAAACCUCCAGUGAGAUCAAAGGUCGUUUCCCCUGUGAGUUUCACUGGGGUAUUGCUGACUCCACCUUGCAAGUCCACUUCUACCCUUUCUCCCCACAGUUUACUGAUCCCCAUUUGUACAGCUGGAAUGUGACAGGAGACGGUUCGCUGCAUCCAGUCCCAGGUGUUAAGCUCAGCACCAGUAGAGCCCAGUGCACAGACUAUUUGGCCAUCCGUGGUCAUCUUCGCAUGUUUGCAUCUACUGGGGCAUCUCACUACCGUUUUGCCCUAAACUGGUCUCUGAUUUUACCCCAGGGAGACUCCUCCAAUGUGAACACUGAGGCUUUGAGGUACUACCGAUGUGUUCUGAGCGAGCUCAAGAAGCUGGACCUGGAGGCUGUUGUUAUUCUCUACUAUCCGACACACAGAGCUCCAUAUCUGGGCUUGCCUGGACCACUGUAUGCCUCUGGGGGUUGGCUCAACUACAGUACAGUGGAAGCCUUUCAGGAAUAUGCAGCGCUAUGCUACCGAGAGCUGGGCUUCUGGGUUCGAUACUGGAUCACGAUCAAUGAGCCAAACAGACUGGUAGAUGUUUAUUCCAGUGGGACAGAGAAGCAUCAGGCCACUCAUAACCUUCUUCUGGCUCAUGUAAAAGCCUGGAGGCUGCAUAAGCGGGAUAGUAAACAGGGAGCAAUGGUAUCACUUGCACUACAUGCCGAUUGGGCCGAACCUGCCAACCCCUUCCUAGAGUCACAUACAGUAGCAGCACAAAGAUUCCUUCUGUUUGAACUUGGUCGCUUCCUAGACCCAUUGUUGGGGCCUAGACAUGAGAAGAAGCAGAGCAAGGGGGACUACCCACAAGAAAUGAAGGCAUACCUAGAAGAGAGAGCUCAAGUAAUGGGCCCCCAUGAAUAUCUUCUUCCUAGUUUUACUGAGACUGAAAGGGAGGAGCUCAGAGGUGCAUUGAGUUUCAUAGCAUUGAACCAUUUUACCACCCGUUUGGUCUCUCCAUUUCCCGACACACGGUCUAAUUUUCAACAGAGAAAAGCCCCUGAUCAUGGUUGUCAGAUCCUUUCUGAUCCCACCUGGCCAUCCUCCAGUCUGGGGCAGGCUCUUGUUCCUAUGGGCCUGCGGAAGAUCCUGAAUUGGGUGACUGAGAGAUAUGGAGGCGCUCUGCCUGUCCUCAUCACAGCCAGUGGGGUUGAUGACCAGGCUCCUGUGGAGGACAAACUGAGACAACACUAUCUAAGGAGUUAUCUACAGGAGGCCCUCAAAGCUCGACAUUUAGAUGGUGUCAACCUGCAGGGCUUCUACGUGUGGAAGCUGCAAGAUCGACAUGCUGCCCAGUUUGGCCUCUUCACCUCAACCCACCACCAAUCCAAAGCUAAAGCCUCCCUUGCUGUCUACAGAGAAAUAAUAACUCAUGGCGGUUUCCCCGAGGACAACACCACACAGACCUGCAGGCUGAGCGGGCUCCAGCAGCCUUGCUCUGCAUGUGCGUGGGUGUUCAAGAACAAAGCCAUGCUGGUCUUUGGGAGCUGCCUCCUAAUAACAGCCGUCAUGUUGGCUGCACUUGUCAUCUUCCUUCAUUACCAGAAACCAAAGAAGAGGCAGAGGGAGGGGGGUGAGCAGGAGAAGAAGGGAGAGAGUACCGGUGUGUUCAUGUCCACCUGUUGUUAA